CCAACAUAAUCUCAAAAAGCAAGAGACCAAAUUUUCAAAUUCCCGCGCUCAACUCCGUUCUUCAAUUCUUCCCUCACCUUUCCCUGCCGGUGGGUCUCGUCGGUGGUUCUCUCCCUCUAGCUUCCUCGUCGGUGGUUCUCUUUUCUCGUCGGUGGUUCUCGCCGUCUAGCCUCCUCGUCGAUGGUUCUCUUUUUUCGUCGGUGGUUCUCGCCAUCUAGCUUCCUCGUCGGUGGUUCUCGCCAUCUAUCUUCUCCGUCGCUGAACCAGCUAGCUUGCUCGGGCGGUGGUUCAGCUUGCGUCCUGUUCUUCGUCAAUCUUUUCGCCGCAAUUUUGCUUACAAAGAUUGGAUCAAGGUUUGUCACUUUACCAGUAGAGAGACUUCUAGCAGUAGUCAAUGCCCUGCUCCACCAGUGCUACAAGUAUCCAACUGCAACUACUGCGGAGGUGCCUCAGUCUCUUAGGAAGGAGCUUUCCGGUGUCUGUAGGGCUUGCUUCUCAGCAGAUGUUGUAAACAAGCAUGUUGAUUUCGUGCGAGAGUACAAGCCAGACUUUGAACGUGACAUUGAUCCAGUUAACACUUCUACCUUCCCAGCAACACUUUCUGAACUCACUGAGAGAUUGAAGCAUUGGAAUAAUAUUCUGCCAAGCAAUGUUGAAGACAGAUUUCCUGCUGUGCUGAAGCUGGAAAAGGAAAGCAGGGUUUUGCAUGAUUUCCAUGUUGUUGAUGUUGAGCUCCUAGGACAAUAUUUCACUGAUCAGGUAUGAAUAGUUCUCAUCAGACAUAGAAUCCUCUAUUGCUUGACUCUACAUAGUGAUUUUGGCGUUUUUAUAUAAAAAAGAAUAGCUUUCUCUAUUUCUUUUUUCUCUUAAUUUGUUAGCUAAAACUUUUCUAUUUCCUUAGGAAAUUUCUCCUGAUCAUACAAUAAAAUUAGGUUACCUAAUACAACAGGAAUAGGGUUAGUGCAAAUCAUAUUUCUGAAAUA